AUGACCGAAGAAUAUGAUAAAAAUGUAUUUAUUAAAACAUCGAUUGCAGAUAUCAUUAGUAAGGAUCCAUUAAUUGCAGUUCCAAACACAGCAACAGUUGAAGAAUUACUUAAGGUUUUACAUAAACAUAGUUUAACAUCAUGUCCUGUUGUUAAUCCUGAUACAGGAAGAAAUAGAGUAAUUGGAUUUGUUGAUACAAAUGAUGUAUUGGCACUUUUGGCAAAGUUAACAAAGAAUGUUGACAGACAAACAAGUGAUCUUAGAUUAAUUUCCAUUGGGUUCUUGUCGUCUAGUGUCGCCAAUAUUAUGGAUCUGUCAAAGAAGGAUCAAUUCACUGUGGUUCUCGAGGAACAGAGUAUGUUUGAGGUCAUGAAGGUCUAUGCCAAGGGUGUACAUAGAGUUGCUUUGCUCUCUGUAUUCAGUGACAUCGACGAUAUCGUUAGUCAAUCGUGUGUAGUAUCGUUCAUUGCCUCGAAUGUAAGUGUCUUGGGAUCGCUUGCCAACAAGAAGAUCGAAGAUCUCUUGGAUCAUUUGGUUCACCAAUCGGAGUUAGUAACCACCAGUUCAUCGGAGCUAGUUAUCAGAUCAUUCCAGAAAAUGAAUGAUGCCGGUGUUACCGCUGUGCCUGUGCUCGACCACGAGAAUGGCUCAAUCGUAGGUACUCUCUCUAUAAACGAUCUCAGUAGUAUCAACGAAGAGAACAUAGACCUCUUACUUCAAUCAACAGAGAAGUUUAUCUCUAGAAAUGUUUUCAUUGAUCAAAACAAACAUAAACCAGCAUAUCCAAUUAUAUUAGGUGUAAAAGAUACAUUUAAGGAUGCAAUUGAAAUGUUGGCAAAAUUCAAAAUACACAGAGUUUGGAUUGUCGAUAGAAACAGAAAACCCAUUUCCAUUCUAUCAUUGACCGAUGUCUGUAAGAUUUUGACUGAACCUCCAACUGAAUUAGCAUCUUAA